AUGGUUAAUAUGUCUGACUCUGGGGAUAUGUAUGAGAUUUCUGCAUACGAAUAUGAAAGUGAGGAUUCUGAAUACGAAAGCGAAAGUCAGAUGUACAGACAUACGCAACGACAAGUGAUAACUGUGCCAGAAAAUUCUGCAUACGAAUAUGAAAGUGAGGAUUCUGAAUACGCAAGCAAAAGUGAGAUGUACAGACAUACGCAACGACAAGUGAUAACAGUGCUAGAACAAACAAGUAAAGAAGAUUACUCUGAAUACGACAGACCUACACAACAGCAAGUGAUAACUGCUUUACCAGAACAAGAAAGUGACGAAGAGAGCGAGGCUGAAAGAAAAAAAACGGUACCGCAGUCACAAACUAAAUCUAGUUUGAGUAAGAAAGUACAGGGUUCUGAUGACUUUGCAUGUUUCCCGAUCUUUUACAAUCUUCAAAGUGCUCCUUUAAUGUUUACAUUUGGAUCAAGUGAAACCAAAACGUUUGUCAACAAAAGAGGAGAAUUUACAGAUAUAUGUGAAGUUUGUAAAAUGCCAGUUGCCACUGCUGAAGCUAAUGCCUCAUCCCCACCGUCUAAAUCCUGUGAUAUACCUUCAAUGUGUCCGUUACCUGGUAAAACAUGUAGUGCGAAUGACGUUAUCCCAAAUAGUUCUGGAUGUCCAAAUCCUACACUAAUCACGGAAGAACUAACAUCAACUACUCCUGAACCAACAACAACCACACCAGAACCUUCAACAACUACUCCUGAACCAAGAACAACCAUUACUCCUGAAACAACAACCACCACGCCAGAACUAACAACCACGCCAGAACCUUCAACAACUACUCCUGAACCAACAACAACUACCCCUGAACCAACAACCACCACGCCAGAACCUUCAACAGCUACUUCUGAACCAACAACAACCACUACUCCUGAACCAACAACAACUACUCCUGAACCAACAACCACCACGCCAGAACCUUCAACAACUACUUCUGAACCAACAACAGCCACUACUGCUGAACCAACAACAACUACACCUAAAUUAACAACAACCACACCUGAACCAACAACUACGUCAGAACCAAUAACAACCACGCCUGAACUAACAACAACUACACAUGUGCCUACAACUACGUCUGAACCAAAAACAACGACUCAUGGUUAUCGCAGCCAUUGCAGAAAUAGAAAUCCCCGACGGCCUUAG